AUGGAGGUGACCCUUUCGGAUACCGUCGGCCUGCCCCAGGGCACCAUGCUCUCCAUUCGUGUUGGCUCCACUCGCAGGCAGGCGGUUGUGGACUCGAAGUUCAAGCUUGUUUUCCCCAAGGGCUGCAAGCAUGGCGAAGAUGUCAAGGUGGACGCCCUGCAGCAGAUUGGAAGCAACAUGCUGAAGUACAAUGAGGGCGUGGGGCGUUACGAAGUUGACUUGGACGACUUCGGCUCGAAGGUCUCGCUGACCAUGCGAGAAGUCAUCCAGCCGGCAACGGAGCAGGAAGUCGCCGCCAUGGCGCCUGUCGCGCCUGAGGCCGGCAAGGACGACAGCUCGGUCAGCCACCGCCACCGGGUGGCAGUGUCAGCUCGAAAGUACCUGGACGAACACAAGCUCCUGACCUGGGCCCACAAGUUGUUUCAGGACCUGAUCCAUGACCAGCCAACGGACCCGUGGGCCUACAUUGACAAGCGCACGGCGGAGGCCAAGGGCGAGGAAGAGGCUGCGAACAGGGCAAAGGCGGAGGCCAAGCAGUUGGAAGCGGCCGAGUUGGAGGACAUCCGCGCGCGGACUGCGACUCAGCUCCAGCAGGCAGCUGAGGACGGCACCCUCCAAGAAGCGCUGAGCCACUCCCAGGAGGCUCCUGAGCUCCCCCCCAUGUCGAAAGAGCUGGAUGACAUCACAGAUUCCAAGGAACUGAGGACGGAAGAGGAGGAUCUGGACAACAUCCGUCUCAAGGCCCAAGCUGCCCUGAUGCGUGCCGCCGAGGACGGAUCUCUGGAAGUCGCCCUUGGGGGCAAGGCCAAGCCGGAAGCCUCCGUGGAAGAGCUCCGAUUGCAAGCUGCGCAGAUGCUGCUGAGUGCCGCUGAGGACGGCACCUUGGAGAGGGCCCUCAUCGAUGCGUCCCAGGAUACCACGGCUGAGGAGAUCGAUGCGCUGCGACAGGAGGCAGCCAUUACGCUUCUCAGGGCUGCAGAGGAUGGCACGCUCGAGUCCGUCCUCACCAAGAAUCAGAAAGCCCCCAAGGAUGACCUUGAGUUCCUGCGCCAGGAGGCAGCUCAGACCCUGUUGGCAGCUGCCCAGGAUGGCCGCCUGGAAGACGUUUUGACCAAGAAGGGCCAGGAGACCAACAUCGAGGCAAUCCGCCAGGAGGCAGCAAAGGCUCUCUGCAAGGCCAUGGAGGAAGGCAGCUUAGAAGCUGCGCUGGCCCAGGCCAAGUCCCAGAAGGAAGUUGACGUCACCUCACUGAAGCAGGAAGCAGCUACAGCCCUUCUCCACGCUGCCAAGGACGGAAGCCUCGAGAAGGCUUUUGCCGAGGUGAAGUCGGAGCCGCAGGACCUUGAGGCUCUUCGUGCCACUGCCGCGGAGACCUUGCUGAAGGCUGCGACUGACGGCCGAUUGGAGGAGGCACUCUGCGGCACCACGUCUGGCAAAAAGGACCUGGAGGCGAUUCGUGCCACUGCCGCGGAGACCUUGCUGAAGGCUGCCAGUGACGGCAGGCUGGAGAAGGCACUGUCCAGUACGAUGUCUGUCGACAAGGACCUUGAGGCACUUCGUGCCACUGCCGCGGAGACCUUGCUGAAGGCUGCGACUGACGGCCGAUUGGAGGAGGCACUCUGCGGCAGCAAGUCUGAUGACAAGGAUCUGGAGGCCAUUCGUGCCACUGCCAGAGAGGCCCUGCUGAAGGCUGCGAGUGAUGGCAGGCUGGAAGAGGCGCUCGGUGGCGCCAAGUCCGGGGACAAGGAUCUAGAGGCGAUUCGUCGUGCUGCUGCGGACACCUUGCUGAAGGCUGCAAAUGACGGCAGAUUGGAGGAGGCACUGUCCAGCACCAAGUCUGGCGACAAGGACAUCGAGGCCAUACGCCAGGCCGCAGCCCGGUCAUUGCUGAGGGCCGCCGAGGAUGGCACGCUGGAAUCCGCCCUGCUUGCCGUCAAGCCCUCGAAGGAGGCCGACGUCGAUGAGAUCCGCCGCAAGGUGUUUCCUGAGGAGUGA